GGCGUUGUCCCUAUUCUAACAGCUCUUGCUGCAGCAGUCAUGAUUGUGUGCACUGUACGACGGUACACUCUAUAGUUCUUUGUGUCUAUUCCAUUACAGAUUUUUCAUGAUUUCUUCGAAAUUUUCAGAGGUUAGAAUUUGUGAAUAGGGGUAGGUAAACUUGCAACUUGCUGCAACAAGCAUUAAACAAAAAUGUCAGAUCCAGAACUGGAAGAAAUCCGAAGAAAACGAUUAGCUGAGUUACAAUCUAACUAUGGCGGCGGCAGUCAUGAAAAUCAAAAAGCAAUGGAGGAAAAGAAGAGGGAGACAGAAGAUAUGAAAAACUCCAUUCUCUCACAAAUCCUCGACCAACAAGCCAGAGCGAGACUGAAUACAUUGAUGCUUGGAAAACCUGAGAAGGGACAAAUGGUUGAGAAUAUGCUGCUACGGAUGGCUCAGACCGGACAAUUAAGAGGUCGCCUCGGUGAAAAUGAUCUCAUCAAGUUAUUAGAAAAUGUGAAUCAACAACUGCAACCCAAGACAACCACAGUAAAGUUCGACCGGAGAAGAGCCGCCCUUGACGAUUCGGAUGAUGAAUUGUAGCAUCAGCUGUUGGAAAUCGGCAGACGGACUCAUUCGAAGAAGUUGAACGCACGAAAUGAAUAACAAGUAUCAACCGAGUUACCGUCUCAACAAUCCACACCGUCAAAUUAAUCAUAUAAAACAAUGCAACCUAAAUAACUGGAAUAUUUUGCUCUAUUGUACUCAAAUAUUAUAUGACAUUCAAUUUUCAUUCAAUAACUAUAUCUUUUUGUGUAGUUGAGAAGUUGAUAUUGAUAUUCAUAUUAAAUAAAAAUACUAAGAAAUUGUCAAAAACCACAAAUUGAUUGAUAGUUAGAAAGACCGGUUUCGGUUGUUACACCAUUGUCAAUCAAUAAAUCUGUGGUUUUUGAUAAUUUCUUAGUCUUUUUAUUUAACAAUAACUAUAUUUUUCAAAUUUGAAGUCUUCUAAUUAUUUGAAUCACUGUAACCAUAUCCUAGUUACUGCUCACAGUUUCUUUUAUUUUACAUUAAACGUAUGCUUAAUUUACUAAUAAACUAAUUUUUU